AUGCGUGAGAUCGUUCAUCUUCAAACCGGCCAGUGUGGUAACCAAGUUGGUGCCGCCUUUUGGCAAACCAUCUCAAAUGAACAUGGACUCGAUGGAUCCGGCAUGUACCAUGGCGAGUCUGAUCUCCAGCUGGAGCGGAUGAAUGUCUAUUUCAAUGAGGUCGCCAGCUCCAAAUACGUCCCCCGAGCGGUCCUUAUCGACUUGGAACCGGGCACUAUGGAUGCCAUCCGCGCCGGCCCCAUGGGCUCCCUGUUCCGGCCCGAUAAUUUUAUCUUCGGGCAGUCCGGUGCGGGAAACAACUGGGCCAAGGGUCAUUACACCGAGGGCGCAGAGCUGGUGGAUCAGGUUGUGGAUGUUGUGCGUCGUGAGGCCGAGAGCUGCGAUUAUCUGCAGGGAUUCCAGAUCACCCAUUCUCUGGGUGGUGGUACGGGGGCGGGCAUGGGCACGCUUUUGAUCUCCAAGAUCCGCGAGGAGUUUCCUGAUCGGAUGAUGGCGACGUUCUCUGUGAUGCCGUCUCCCAAGGUCUCUGAUACCGUAGUCGAGCCGUAUAAUGCGACGCUCUCGGUCCACCAAUUGGUCGAGCAUGCGGAUGAGACGUUCUGUCUUGACAAUGAGGCACUCUAUGAUAUCUGCAUGCGCACGCUCAAGCUAUCUGCGCCCUCCUACGGCGAUCUGAACCACCUGGUUUCGGCCGUCAUGUCUGGCAUCACGGUCAGCUUCCGCUUCCCCGGCCAGUUGAAUUCCGACCUGCGAAAGCUGGCCGUCAACAUGAUCCCCUUUCCCCGGCUGCAUUUCUUCAUGGUGGGCUUUGCUCCAUUGACCAGUCGGGGGGCCCAAUCGUUCCGCGCGGUGUCGGUCCCCGACCUCACACAGCAGAUGUUUGAUGCAAGGAAUAUGAUGACGGCGUGCAACUUCCAGAACGGCCGCUUCCUGACAUGCUCGACUCUCUUCCGGGGCAAGGUCUCGAUGAAAGAAGUCGACGAUCAGAUGCUCAACAUGCACAAGAAGAACUCUGGAUACUUUGUGGAGUGGAUCCCGAGCAACGUCCAAACCGCAUUCUGUUCCGUGCCACCAAAGGGUCUGAAAAUGUCGGCGACUUUUGUCGGAAAUUCCACAUCCGUCCAGGAGCUCUUCCAGCGGGUCAGCACGCAGUUCACGGCCAUGUUCCGCCGCAAGGCGUUCUUGCAUUGGUAUACCGGCGAGGGCAUGGAUGAGAUGGAGUUCACCGAGGCGGAAAGUAACAUGAAUGACUUGAUGUCGGAGUAUCAGCAAUACCAGGAUGCCAGUCUUUCUGACGGAGAGAUGCAGCACUAUGCUGAGGAGGAGGUUUUCGAGCCUGGGGAGCAGUCUUAG